AUGGCGUCGCGCCUCGACUCGCCCUUCGACCUGGAGCGCUGCGGGCCCGCCGUCGAUCUCGCGCUCCAGGAGAUCAACGACAAGUACCUCGCGCCGCACGGCAUACAGCUCGACAAGGUGCAGGCCAGUUACCCGUCGUGCUCCGGCGAUAUGGCGCCCGGGCUGGCCACGGACAUGCGCUUCUGGGACAACGUGAUGGCCUUCAUCGGGCCGGCGUGCGCCUUCGCACUGGAGCCGGUGGCCAGGCUCGCCGCCUACUGGAACAUCCCCAUCAUCACUGGCAUGGGCGACCAGCCGCCGUCCGAGGGCCAGCUGUCGGUCUCCUCCGGAAUCCUGGGUCGCCUGCACAAAUGGAAGAACGAGUCCUCGGGCAUCUUCCGGGAGAAGACGCAGUACUCGACGCUGACGCGCAUGUCGUACUGCCAGUGCCGGCUCAAGCUGGUGUUCGCCAGCAUCUUCCGCCAGUUCGGCUGGCGCCACGUCGCCCUGCUGCUCGACAGAUCCGACCUCUUCUCGCUCACCGUGGGCAAGAACCUGGAGCUGGGCCUGAAGCAGGAGGGCGUGCUGAAGUUCGUGCGCGAGCUGGACGGCAACGAGGAGCAGGAGGAGGUGCUGGAGCAGUACCUGCGCGACGCCAGCAUGUACGCGCGAGUGGUCAUCCUGAGCGUGCGGGGAGUGCUGGUGCGGAAGUUCAUGUUGGCGGCGCACGCACUGGGCAUGACCAGAGGCGACUGGGUCUUCCUCGACGUCGAGAUCUUCCAGGGCUCGUACUGGGGCGACCACGACUGGGCGGUGGGCGACGCGCACGACGCGGCCGCGCGGCGCGCCUACGAGGCGCUGCUGCGCGUCUCGCUGCUGCAGCCGACGGCCGGCCCGUUCCGGGAGUUCGCCAACGAGGUGCGCGCCAGGGCGCAGCACGACUACAACUACACCUUCUACGAGGGCGAGGAGGUGAACUUCUUCAUCGGCGCUUUCUACGACGGCGUGCUGCUGCUGGGCAUGGCGCUCAACGAGACACUGUCUGAGGGUGGUGACAUCUGGGACGGCCGGGCCAUCACCAGCCGGAUGUGGAACCGCCAGUUCACCGGCAUCACGGGCAGCGUGCGCAUCGACGACAACGGCGACCGCGACGCCGACUACGCGGUGCUCGACCUGGACCCCAUCACGGGCCGCUUCGUGGUCGUGGCGCACUACUACGGCCGCGACCGCCAGUACACCGCCGUCGAGGGGCAGCGCAUCCACUGGCCGGGCGGGCGCGAGGGCCCGCCCGCCGACGUGCCGCUCUGCGGCUUCCUCGGCAACCACCCGGACUGCGCCGACACCGGUGUGUACACGAUGGUGUUUUACGGCGGCACAGCUGCUAUCCUCUUCAUAGCCUUCUCGUGCACUUUCGCCUGCGUCGCUUACAGACACAUGCAAGUGGUGGCUGACCUGAACAACAUGUCCUGGAGGAUCCGUGCUGUUGAUGUUUUACCAGAACCCAGUAGGCCAUUCUCUUCAAGACUAGUACUGCAGCAGAGGAAUGAGACAAAUGAGCUGACAGACAAAAUUAAUAGUUCCCAUGGAUCCAUUGUCUCCUGCAAUACUAUGAUGUCAGCACAUGUGUACACUACAGUUGGCAUUUACAAGGGUACAAGAGUUGCAAUUAAAAAAGUCACAAUCAAGAAGAAGCUGGACAUAAGUAAGAAAUUACUAUGGGAGAUAAAACAGGUUCGUGAUGUUACACAUGAGAACACAGUCAGGUUUGUUGGUGCUUGUGUUGACACAAAUAACAUCCUUAUACUGACAGAAUACUGUCCCAAAGGCAGUCUAAAGGAUGUGCUUGAGAAUGGAGAACUAGAUUUAGACUGGAAUUUUCGGAUGUCACUCAUACAUGACAUUGUGAAGGGUAUGGCAUAUUUACACAGUUGUGAGCUUGGGGUACAUGGUAAACUUCGUUCAGGAAACUGCCUCAUUGAUGGACGAUUUGUGUUAAAGAUAACAGACUUUGGAUUACGCUCCCUAACUACUCCAGCAGAAGUAAUAAAGGAUCAUAAUUAUUUCACUAAACUCCUCUGGAUUGCACCUGAGCUUCUGCCACAAACUACUGUUCCUGGAAACCCUGCAACACAAAAGGGAGAUGUCUACAGUUUUGGAAUCAUACUGGAAGAAAUAAUCCUCAGAGCUGGCCCUUUUGAAGCUGCUAAACAAUUUCUCACACCACCUGAGAUUGUGAGUCGAGUGGCGGCUAGAGAGGUCCCACCAUUUCGUCCAGAUGUUGGUGAGCAGGAUUGUCCAUCAGAACUAUUGGAUCUGAUGCAUCAGUCAUGGUCUGACAAUCCAGAUGACAGACCUACAUUCCAGUCUAUACGACAAGUAAUCCGCUCAAUUCGCAAAGGCUACUGUGAAAACUUAAUGGAUGAUCUGCUUCGCCGCAUGGAGCAAUAUGCAAACAAUUUGGAAGCACUUGUUGAAGAGAAAACAGAGCAACUCAGUCAAGAAAAGAAACGUUCUGAGGAACUUUUGUACCAAGUACUACCAAGACCUGUAGCAGAACAGCUCAUGGCUGGAGAAGUCGUGCAGCCAGAACAGUUUGAAACUGUUACAAUUUAUUUCAGUGAUAUUGUUGGUUUCACUGGCCUCUGUGCUCAAAGUACACCAAUGGAGGUUGUCGAUUUUCUGAAUGAUCUUUACAGUACAUUUGACAGAAUUAUUGGGUUUUAUGAUGUUUACAAGGUGGAGACAAUUGGUGAUGCCUACAUGGUUGUAUCUGGUUUGCCUAAGAGGAAUGGAGAUGAUCAUGCAAAGGAAAUUGGAUUAAUGGCUAUUGCUAUCCUAGAUGCAGUGAAGUCUUUCACGAUAAAGCAUCGUCCAGACACACAGCUAAAAAUUCGGAUUGGUAUACAUUCAGGACCAGUGUGCGCAGGUGUAGUGGGUCAGAAAAUGCCACAUUACUGUCUCUUUGGUGACACAGUAAAUACAGCCUCUAGGAUGGAAUCAGGUGGAGAACCACUUCGAAUCCAUGUGAGCAGCUCAACAAAAGAGAUCCUGGAGAAAUUUGGCACAUUCAAGCUGGAGCUCAGGGGUGAAGUAGAACUAAAAGGAAAAGGUCGACUAACAACCUACUGGCUGCUUGGCUGUUCCGAACCAGAUAACAGGCCCACAACACCCCGUUCACCUGAAGCUCCUGUUAUUGACAUCAGCUAUCCCUUGUUGUUCCAGAACAAUAACAGUCUGCGAAUUCCAAAUGAGACACAUCAUCGUUCCUCAACUGCAGAAAGCUGUGUUUCUACGUGCAAGGAACUGAAGGUGUCAUAGAAGAUAGACAAAAUUUAACAAUAUUAACCAAAGAUAAUGAGGCUGUGC